AUGGAUGACGACGACGACUUUCUCUACGGCACCGAGGAGCCUGCGGUAAAGCGGGCCCGAGUUGAGCCCGAGGGAGCUGAGGAUGAUGAGGAACCACACUCGCAGACCACGAAGCAACAAGAACCGGAAGAUGAUUCCGAUUCUGAAUACGAAUCCGACGACUCUGACAUUGAUAUUGUCAUCGACACCGGCGCGCCCAGCAAGCUCGCUUCUACGGCAUCCGCUGCUGCUAAGAAGGAGGCCCCGGCAGCUUCUUCUGCGGCACCUGAGGCUUCUGAUACCCCCAAAGAAGAGAGCGCGUCCGAAGAGCGGCCCCAACCUGCGGCCAAGAUGCCUGGAAUCGACAUCGAAAAGGUCGGUAUGCUGGAUGGAAAGCCUAUCACUGAGCACAACCUAGAGGACUUCGAGGACAAGCCAUGGCGGAUGCCUGGUGCCGAUAUCACUGAUUACUUCAACUACGGCUUCGAUGAGUUCACCUGGAUGGCCUACUGUGACAAACAGAACCAGAUCCGAGGCGAAUACAACCCCCAGAAUAUGAUGGCCAUGAUGGGCAUGUCUAUGAUGGGUAUGCCUGGUAUGCCUGGUGGAGGUCAGAUGCCCAUGCCUGGUGGCGAGGGCAUGCCUGACAUGUUUAAAAUGAUGCAGGGCAUGAACCCACCCAAGUAG